GCACUGUUGUUGGAUUUUCCCAGCAUUCUUUGCUUUCAUUUCUAAUAUAAUUGCUUCCAUUUACCUUUUGUCUUCAGAUUGGUUUGGGAGGUAUUAGGGAGGUGGAGCCAUAUCAACUGAAUUGAUGGUCCAAUUUUCCUGAAAAUUUUUAGAAACGUUUCAUUCUAAUAUGCAAAUCUCCCUGCAAAACUUUGGAAAAAGGAACAGGAUUUAUUAAGCUUCAAAAUGGGCUCCUGCAUGAACAUGCAUACAGAAAUAAUCCCCGACUUGUUUUUGUAUUUUAUGACGUUUUGAGAUCUCCCUAAUCCAAAAAUGUAAAAUCUUUGGUGUCUUUUUUUGAUUGAUUACUUUCCUUAGAGGAAAUUCCCAUGGAUUUGCACAUUGAAAGCCGUCAGGAUGCUUGCAUCUUUUCGGUGGGUUUUACCGCCGCACAGAUACUGGGAAUACUUUGCAUCGCCCUAGCUGCCACUUGGACAGGGAGUUAUUUAGGUGGUUUUGCAUGGCAGAGUAAUCCACCACUACAAUUUAAUUAUCAUCCAUUGUUCAUGGUAAUUGGAAUGGUUUUCUUUUAUGGAGAUGCUAUAAUGGUGUAUCGCGUGUUACGAAACGAGCGAAAGAAGCUACUGAAACUAAUUCACGGAGGUCUGCAGGCUCUGGCAUUCGUCUUUACGGUAGUUGCAUUGAAAGCCGUGUUCGAUUCUCACAAUCUGGUGAAAAAACCCAUUCCCAAUAUGUAUUCUCUGCACAGUUGGCUCGGAUUAGCCACCGUCCUAUUGUUUUGUCUACAGUUUGUUUGCGGAUUUGUGGCUUUUCUCUUUCCCGGAUUAGUACAAAUAUGGCGAAGUCGUUACUUGCCUCUUCACGUGUUCUUCGGUCUGGCCAUAUUUGUUAUGGCCAUCGCUACCUGUCUGGCUGGAAUUACCGAAAAACUGGUUUUUAAAUUGGGCGUCGGUUAUUCUUCGCUUCCGGCGGAAGGGGUCAUCGCCAAUUUAUUGGGAGCUUCGCUAGUGGUUUUGGGGAUCCUGGUGGUUUAUCUGGUGUCGUCUCCCCGUUUCCGUCGCCAACCUCUUCCGGAAGAAGACGUGCUUCGACUGGAACCUCAUUCCCCCGUCAACUGAUUGAUCGUCGGCAAGAAAACCUCGCAUUAACGUCUCACGACGCCAUUUCGCUUUUAUGUCGAGUCGAAUAACGGAUUUCUAAAGAUUUACGAAAUUUCAGAAACGGUAAUCGAGUUUUAUUCUCUAAAACAAUCUAAAAUUUCUUUUCGGCCUUCUCCUUACCCGCGUAAGGAAGGCCGAAAAGAAGUUCCAAAACACCCCUCGAAGUUUUACGCUAACGAGAUUUAAAAGUAAGCAUUUCCGUUGAGUAGUCACAAUGUUAAUUGUCGUUCACUAUUAUUCGUAACCUAUUGUUUCCGGAUAACGUUUUCCAGUUCCUACUACGAAAUAACGCAACCUAGUCUUUAUUAUUUAUUCUAGUCGACACUUUGGACUAAAAUGCCAGAAUGUUAAUUAAGUUUUAAAAGUUUUCGCGAGAUGUUACAUAUUCGUGCGCUUUUGUUACGCGUAUCUGUAUAUUCGUAAUAACGAAAACCUUACUACGCUUCAUUCUUCGGAGUACAAAUUAAAUGGGUGUAAAAAAAAAAAAAAAAUAUUGUACGAAACCCAGUGUGAGUGCUAACGUUUGUAAUUAUACUACUUUACUAGAAUAAAAAAACAGCCCUUCGACUGCAA